AUGCUCCGCUGUCACCCGAGUACGGCUGCUCAUAGCCCCCAAGUGAAUGAUCACAACCCCCAUUUGAAUGACCCUUCCGAUAACACUGCCCAGGGUUUUCCACAUUCUGGCACUCUUAGUGAAAAUCCAACGAAUGACACCAUCACUGAGAUGAACAUUAAUCAGUUCCUUCAUUUUCGGAUUCGAUGCACUGCUGACAACAGCUCCUCCAUGGGUACUCUCGUUUACGCAAGUCCAAACGCUACAAAAAGGAAAAGCUUUUGGUCCAACAUUUGCAAUCUUACUGCGAAUAUUUUCACUCAAUGGGUAUUUUUUGGAGAUUUCAAUGCUACGUUGUCUAUGACCGAAUGGGUUGUGCAGUUUCUUUCAAACCCAACACUGCUUUUCGGGACCUCCUGUUCGAUUUCGGCCUUUGGGAUAUGGGGUAUUUAUGGACCAAAUUCCACUUGGUCUAGAGGUUCGGCACAAGCUCGCCUUGAUCGUUUCUUUUGUAACUCUUAUUGGGAUGAGGCUUUCCUGAUUUCUAGCGUCCAACACUUAUUAAGAAUGAGGUCAGAUCAUCGACCUCUUCUUCUUCGUGUUGGUGAUAACCCUUCCGGUGCUUUCUACCCGCCUUCCAAAUAUUUCUUGGGAUGGCGGUUGCAUGAUGACUUUCGGCGCUUGAUCAUUGAGAAUUGGGUUCCUUCUAAAAGCCUUUCUAUAACUAUAGCUUCUUUCUCAUCGAUAGCGGAGGAUUGGAAUUAA